AUGUACAGAUCAAUAGCAUUGCCACUAGUGGCAAAUUCGAGAAGGGCUGCUCUUUCUACCAGACAAUCACCAUCCUCAACCCUACUAUCCAUCUCCAACACCCAUGUCUUUGAUCCUCGUUUCAUAGGUCUUACAGGUGACCAAUAUAUCCCAAUUUCAUGGAAAAACUUCCCAAAUCCAUUGACAUCUCCAAAGCUUGCGUACAAUUGUCUUGCAAGAAGACUAUAUAACUUCGGUUUCAACACUAUUCAAGUUGCAUUUUUACGUUAUCAAACAGGUUUAAAGCCAAAAUUCUUACUUUGGAAAAAUAACUCCAUCGAAAGAUAUGUUCAAGUUAAUAAAGCUUUUGCUCACAAUAAAAUCCCAGCAGUCCAUAAAGGUAUGUCCGUCUGGGUUGAAAGAGCAUUGACUUCAAGAGUUGAGACAAUCCCAAAAAACAUCAAAUUAGAUUGGAAAUUAGUGAAAUUCAAUGAAACUCCAAAAUUAGUUACAUUCAGACCUGUUAUGUUACCAGGUAAACCAGUUGAAUAUGUUCAAGUUGUCUACAAAUUUAAUACUAAUCAAGAACUAAUUAAAGUUAACUUAGACAAUGAAAAAGUUUCCAAAAUUUCAAGAAAUGUUGUUGAUUAUGUUGGGUUUACAGUGGAUUUACACACAAAUGAAGCCAUAUUAUCAGGUUCAGCUUUUGAGAACUCACCAUAUGAUAAAAUACCUAAACCUGAAGAUGCCAAACAAUCUCAAAUUUUUGAAAUGAUGCGUAAUAAUGGUGAUAUUUUCAGAUUACCACCAAAAUCUCAACCAUCAAACUCUACAAUCACUUCAAAAGAGGAUUGA